AUGGGGCUCAAGAGACCCCCACUGCAACGCCCCCAGCAGUUGGUUCCCAGACCAGUGGAGUACCAGGUGGUUCUCCCUGAGACCAAGGGAGAGGAGAAAUUAUCACGGGACAGGAUAAUAGCCGAGAGGGCAGAGAAGCGGCGGCUGGCGGUAGAGAGAAAGCGAAGGGAGCAGGAGGAGUUGAAACAGAAGCAGCGGGAGGAGCAGGAACGAAUGGAGAGAAUGAAGGAAGAAAUGGAAGCGGAAAAGCAAUGGAGGAUAGAGGAGAUACGUUUAAGAAAGCAGCAGCUCCAAGAAGAGCGCCAGCGCCAGGAGCAGGAAGCAGCCAGGAAGCUCCAAGCGGAAAAGGCAGCUCAAGAACGCUUCCGGCAGCAGCAGGAGGACCUCCGCAGGAAGCUUCUAGAAGCUCAGAAGAAAAAGGAAGAGGAGGAACGAGACCGCACAGAAGCAGAGAAACGCAGACAGAGAGAGAGGGAAAUGUGGCUAGAGGAGGAACAGCGCCGCUUAGCCGAGAUGGCCGAAGAACAACGGGUGGAAUAUGAGAAACGGAAACGAGAGGAAGAAGAGAGAGCAAGACGGGAGGCUGAGGAGAGGAGAAAGAAAGCGGAAGAAGCGGCCAGACUUGCCUUGGAGGAAGCAAGGAGGCAAGCAUUGUUACUGGCAAGACAACAGGCAGAGCAAGAGCAGAAGCGGCAGUUCCAACACACGCUUUCUCUGGAAGCCGGCGGGCUUGAAUGGCGGCAGGACAUCUCGCGCCCCUGGGUUUAUUCCUACUUCCAGCAUCCUUUUCUAAAAGUGGGAGAUGAAGAUUCCUGACAUCGUUUUUUUUUAUUUUAAAAGUCCUUGGUGCAGAGUUCAUCAGUUUGGUCUUCGCAUCCAGAAUGCCAGUACCGUCCCAAUUGCUCUCCGUGUGGCUGUCGGGAACUGCGCUCCCACUGGACAACUCAAAAAUCAAAUUUCAGUGACUUCCAAGCCGUUCUGGAAAUAAGCAGAAGCAGCAGCCUUACCUGGAGCUGAAAACUGUGCAUAUUCCAGACUAAUUGUUAGAGAAAUGAAACUUGCAGAAGUGUAGAGAUUCCCCGUAACCUUUGCAGAAGCAAUCAUUUAAUGAAGAAAGAUGUGAUUCAACUGUACUCCUUUGUUCUAGAACAGAGAUAAAAGUGUGGCCCCCAGGCAAAUGUGGGCUAUGAA